AAGACCUACAAUCUAAGAACUUAGAUGCAGUAAGAGUUAGACACCACGAUGGCCAACAAACCAGACACAGUCAUAGCAGACAGUCUAAACCUAAGGAAAAGUUUCAUAGUAAUUGUGACAAGUGCAAUCAGAAGCACAGUCCCGGGAACUGUCCAGCAUCAGGGCAAAAUGUUUGAAGUGUGGGGAAAAGGGACACUUUAAGGUUGUUUGUCGUAGCAAGCCGAAACACCUGGAGGAUGUCCAAGACGUGUGUUCACCGUCUGAUUCAUUCUACAUGGACUCAAUAGACCUGAGUUACUGACAAUAUGGAUGCAUGGACAGUGAAAUUGAAAGUGUGUCGUAAGUACAUUACUUUUAAGAUCGACACUGAUGCUGACACUUCAGCGAUUACCUAGGCCACAUACAAUUCCUUACCGAUAAAGCCGAGACUGAAGACAUCAACAAACCAGUUGUACAGCCCAGGAGGGUCAGUAAAGUGUAAAGGGAUGUUCGUUGCCAAGACCUUUCACAAGAACACAAGAGUUUCGUUUAGAGUGUAUGUGCUUAAGAACUCUAAUAAUGGUUCUAAUUUGCUCUGUCGAAGUGUGGCACACCGCAUGGGACUUCUGAUAAAAGUAUAGGAAAUUCGGGAUGUGUUCGGUACACAUGGAUGCGUUAAGGGCCCACCCGUCAAAAUAACGCUUAAACCUGGAGCCGUUCCAUAUUGCGUCACAACAGCACACAGAAUCCCGUUUCCAUUGAUGCCUAAAGUAGAGGGAGAACUGAAACGAAUGGAGAACGCAGGAAUCAUCGUGAAAGUCACAGAACCGACAGAUUAGUUUGCACCAAUUGUGACUGCAUUCAAGAAAAAUGGGGACGUUCACUUGUGCGUUGAUCGCAAGAAACUGAAUCAGGCAGUUAAGCGUGAACAUUUCAUGUUACCAAACUUGAAGUACAGUGGAGGAGCAUGACGAGCGUUUGGACCUUGUACUGGACCGUAUCAAAGAGAUUGAUCUCAAACUCAACAAAAGUAAAUGUGAGUUCCGGAAACGGAGCAUUGAAUAUUUUGGACACUUGAUUAGUUCAGAUGGGAUCAGUCCAUGUCCGGAGCGUGUAAUUCGUGAAUUGACUGCACCGACAAAUGUAACUGAAUUUAGGAGAAUAUUGGGAAUGGUGAAUUAUCUUGGCCGAUUUUUACGAAAUCUCUCCACAGUCAUUAACCCUCUUACUGAUCUUUUGAAGAGUGACUCAGUUUGGAUAUGGGAGGACCCCCAGGAAGGAGCCUUCAAAAAAGUGAAGAAUAUGCUAACAGAAACACCUGCCUUGGCAUUCUAUAAUACUUCAAAGCCAGUCGUGAUCAGUGCAGAUGCCAGCAGCUAUGGUUCAGGAGCUGCCAUAUAUCAGCAGUUCGAUGGUCAACUUAAGCCUAUUGCUUUUGCUUCGAGAACACUUACGCCAGCUGAAACCAAAUAUGCACAAAUCGAGAGGGAGUGUUUAGCAUCGGUAUGGGUCUGUAAGAAAUUCGAGCGCUACAUCAUUGGACUCGAAUCAUUCAAAUUAAUUACAGAUCACAAACCUCUCGUCCCGCUCAUUAGCACUCAAGCUCUAGACAGGACACCGCUAAGAUGUCAAAGACUUUUGAUGCGACUGCGCAGAUUUAAUCCGACUGCUGAACAUGUGCCAGGGGGAAAAUCUUGUGAUUCCCGACACCCUCUCGAGGAGUCCAUUAACUGGGAAGUCCAAGGAAACAGAGGAGGAAGUUGAUCUUUAAGUAGACUCUGUCGUAAGAAAUCUUCCAAUAUCUGACCAACAGCUCGAGCGCAUUCGAUUAGCAACCGCAGAUAAUCCAGAAUUGUUUGAAGUUUUGCAGAAAACUGAGAACUGGUGGCCAGACCAUGAGAGAUCACAGAAAGCAGAAAUCCGACCAUAUUUUACUGCAAGAUCGGAACUGUCAGUCUGGAAUGGCAUUUUGAUGUACAGAGACCGAAUUGUUAUUCCAGAGGCCAUUAGACCCGAAACCUUAAAUGACAUACAUUCAGGAUCUUUAGGUCUUAAUAAGUGUCCUGAACGCGCACAGGGAGCAGUAUGGUGGCCUGAAAUUUCAACCGACAUUGAGCGUACCGUUAAGUCAUGCGAAUUCUGUCAAGUUCAUCAACUUACACAGAACCGAGAGCCGUUGAAGACAACAGUCCUUCCAUAUCGUCCAUGGCAAAAGAUCGCUGCAGAUCUAUGUGAGCUGAAAGGUAAACAUUUCCUAGUAGUUACCGACUAUUUUUCUCGUUAUCUGGAAAUUGCUAACCUGGAUUCGUUGACUAGUGCUCAUGUGAUUGGAAAACUCAAGAAUAUAUUAGCUCGAUGGGGUAUUCCUGAGGAAUUGGUAACCGACAAUGGCACCCAGUUUACUUCAGACUCUUUCAAGAAGUUUGCUGCUAAGUAUGGAUUUGUGCAUACCACCACAAGUCCUCACUACCCGCAAGCAAACGAUGAGGCUGAAAGUGCAGUCAAGACCGCGAAACGUAUAUUGCAGCAGGAAGACAUCUUUAUUGCACUUAUGGCAUACCGCUCAACACUCAUUUCAACAACAGGAGUUAGUCCAGUGGAAUUGAUCAUGGGACGAAUAAUUCGAACUUAUGUACCAGUCACAUCAUAUUCACUUGUUCCAAAGUGGCCGGACUUGGAACAGGUAAGGAGAAAAGACGCGCGUACGAAGGAAACUACCAAGUUUCAUUAUAAUAACCGAUUUGGAGUAAAGAAACUCCACCCACUUGGACCAGGCGAUCAAGUUUGUAUCAAGACUGAUAAAGAGAAAAUGUGGAUAGAUAGUGGCACGAUUACCAGUGAAAAUUACCAAACUAGGGCGUAUGUAGUGGAAACCGAUCAUGAAUUAUUGAGAAAUCGAAGCCACCUGCAGCAUACCGGAUAUGUUAAUGCUGAAUCGUCACAUCCUAUUAGUGCGCUAUAUCCGACAACAGACAGUGUGCGUGACAGUGAACCAAAAGUCGUUUUAUCUUACACUGAGCCACCCUCCGCGUCUCCUAGCCGGGAAGUGACCUCACCUCCUGUGAAACCAAACGUAAUGACGCGAUCUGGUCGUGUCGUGCUACCCACCAUCCCAUAAGAUUCAAGGACUAUAAGUGAACUUGUGGACCUUUUAUAUAACAUUUUAAUUUGUAUGUAACAAGUAAUGCAUGCUGUAGAUCUUUCGUAAUUGUGUUUACUAGUGAAAUGCAUAUGUUUCUUUUCUAGUCAUAUAGUUUCAGAGGAGAUGUUUAGUGAAUCGAAUGAGUUAAUAUAUGAACUGUCCAGUUGCGGUGUAUCCUUAUGUACAAGUUAAUGUGUACCUGACGUGGAGUUUUAGCGCCAUAUUGAAUAAACAUGUGUGUUUGAGCUCGGGUGUUAUUUUAAAGAAUUAAGCCAUCCAAACACUUAUAACGACCACAGAAUUUGCAAACUUCUGACUUUAAACGAGAUCCUAAUGUGAAGUUAUUUGUCAGCAACUUGUUUGUGUGUUGUUUUACGUUCUAUUCGUGAAGUUUUAUCAGCUUUAGGUGAAGUUCACAAAAUUGGAGCUACCCAAGUGUGGGUUCUAUGUCUUUACAGUGUCAAAGCCGAUAUCUAAAGUACCUGUUACUUUUACUUUUACUACCAUACUGGGCACUUGUUGAAGGAACAGUUACUAUCCAUGUGAAGCGCCUUAAUUUGACGCGGCACAAUUAUCAAGACUCGAACUUAGUCCAACGCAAGGCGAGCGCCCAAAACAGUAUUACAAGCAUAUAAAGUUAUUACAUUUGGAGCUACGUCAUAGACAUUUGACAAACAUCUGCCAUCAGAAGUGAAAAUCACAGGUCUUUAGAAUGAAAGGUGAAGAUUACGAACAGCGAUCAAUCUCAUAACUCCUAUAAGCAAUUCACAAUAGAGAGCUGGGCAAAUACGGACCCCUGGAUAUACAAGAGGUGGGAUCCGGUGCCUAUCGGAAUUACGGAUAUACAUUCAAUGUGACUUCAGUUACCAAAUGUCCAUUGAACAAAGAAGAUUGGGAUGCUGCCUCGGACAGACUGAAUUGUACCGAAACGCAAGGCUAUCACUGUGUUCCAGAUAAAUACAUGACGUCACUUGUAGAGUUCUGUUACACACGGGGAAAGAAACUUCCAUUUCAUGAAGGAAAUUGUCUUGAGCUUGCGGCGGAUGGAAUACUUAAUCAUUUUCCUUGUGCUAAAACCUUUCCUUGUGGAUGUCCCGAUAGAUUUUACUUCAGUAACGAGAUAUACAAAUAUCCCAAGUGCCUUCAAAUUAAUGCCCAGCUAGGAUGUUUCAACUCCGACAUUCAGUGCAUGAUCACAAAAGCUCUUAACCAAACUACAAACCUUACUAAAGAAGCUGAAGUUGUCAAUUUCUCCACGAAUUGUCAGGAUACCAACAUUCAACUUAUUGUGACAAGACUCUCCAACGAAACAACAUCGGUAAACAACACCUAUAACCUCACACAGUAUGAGAGAGAAAGCAGAGAGUGCGACAGCUGUAGAAUCUAUGUGGUGCCCAUCGUAAUCCUACUACUACUCUUCAUCGUGGUCACGGUUGGGUGGUUUUACAAAAGAAAAAAGAAGAACACGGAACAGAGUCACAAAGACUAUUACGUGACCAGUUACGUGGCAGUUCCUUCAUCAAGUUCGUCACAUGAAUACAGCGCAUCAACGCGAAGACAUGAUGAGACUCUCUCCAAACUAGUAAAAGCAUGUAGAAAUGGAGAUAAGGUUAAAUACCAUUCCCUGACGGCGCCGGAAACCUUCGACAAAAGCUUACUGAUAAAGAAAGACAACAGAGGCCAGACCGUCCUCCAUCACGCUGUUUAUGGAGGAAGUUAUGAUAUCGUGUACGAUCUGUUAAAAUUCAAAGAAGUAGAUGUCUGUGAAAAAGAAUAUAUCGGCAGGACAGCUCUACAUAUAGCUGCUAAAGGUGACAACGUGGAGAUUUUUGACAAAAUUUUGCAAAAAGGGGGGGACAAAUUGUUGCAGUACAAGGACAAAAAUGACCUAACCCCAUUCUGUUAUGCUGCACUUGCUGGGAAAAAAACUGUCGUGGAGCGCAUAGUUGAAAGAGGAUUUGAUAUCAAAGCAUUCACAAAAUAUGGUGAAUCUAUCGCACAUCUAGCAUGUAUUGGCGGUAGUUUGGAAAUUUUGAAAAUGGUUUCAGAAAAAGACCAGCAAUGUAAACGGGAGUCAUCAAACAUAGAAGAUGAUGAAGAGGAGAACAUCAUCAAAAGAAAAAACAAAAUGGAUUGGAACCCUCUUCAGUAUGCAGCCAAGUCAGGAGAUAUAAAAAACCUAAAGUUUCUGAUUGAAAAUGAUGUUCGUGUGAUCAACUCCACCGAGGACUUGAAAUCUGCAUUCCACUCUGCGUGUGAAAAUGGUCGUCUUGAAGCAUGCAAGGAUAUAGCUAAAUACACACCAGAAUGUGUCCACACAACGGAUAAGAGAGGAAGACAUGCGGGCCAUUUCGUAGCUAAAUGUGGAAACAUUGAAGUUCUAAAAUUUUUGGUUAAUGAAUGUAACCUACAAGCUGAUAAUCCGUCCUCUCAGAAAAUUAAUAUUCUUCACAUUGCCUGUCGCCAUGGAAGGCUUGAUAUGUGUGUAUAUAUAGCACAAAAGUAUCCACAUUUAGUUACACAGGAGAGUAAAAAGGGAUGGAAUGCAGCCUUGUUUCUCAGUGAAAAGGGAGGGGCUGAUGAAGAAAGGCUAAAAAUACUUCAGUUCUUAGUGAGAGAACACAAUUUAUUUGUGCAUCAUGUCUCUAGAGCCGGAAAGACUAUUCUGUACAACGCAUGCGCCAACAGGUCUCGGGAACUCUGUCAACAUCUUCUUGAAAACUAUCCCGACCUUCUAACAAUCGAACGAUCCAUGGACCCCAGAAAUGUCACCAGUGAUCCAGAAAUACUCAGCCUCAUCGAGAGGUAUUCCAUGGAAGACUAACAUUAUGCUUUAUUUCAGUGGUACAGGGCAAUACACUGUAAGCCUAGAUUUAAACAGUCUACAAGUUUUAUCAGUGGGCUACAAUCUGGAUAUAGUUCUAAUUCUGUUGGAACCCUUUGUAUUUAAUCCUUUAAAAUGCAAAACGUCAAUUAAUUUUUAAAGAAAUUAUGCUUUAAUAUUCUAUGCAUCUUUCAUUUAUGUUUUCAAUGAACAGUUAUUUCAUAACUGUUUCACUAACCCCCAACCCCUAUGGUGAAAAUUUACAUUGUAGUACAUGUAUCAAAGCAAAGAGUCCAUCAACUAUUACUGCUACUUCUAUCUAUAAUAUUUCCUUCAGAUUCACUCUUAUCCUCAUAUUCAUCACUGUCACUGCUUUCAUCACUGCUUUCAUCACUAUCAUCACUACUGUCAUCGCUAUUAUCAUCACUGUCAUUUUCAACCUCCUUGAUACUGACAGCUUUCAGUGACUGAAUCAAUUCCUCCUCUGUGUCUGUGUGGUCAGUCGAGUCUGUGCGGUCAGUCGGCCUGAUUGUGUCGGCUGCACAUGUUUCCAAGGUAUUGAGAUCAAAUCCAAUAUCAUCCUUCUGUAUUUUUACCUGUUUCAAAAUAUCUAUAUAAAAUACCCAUGCUUCAUAAAUUCAAAGUUACAUUUAAAAUACUGUAUAGUUUUCAUUUCAGAGAUGGUUAUAUUCCAUGCGUGUAAUCCAUGUUGUAAAGUCUUUAAGAAAUACAUGGACAGUUAAUUGAGUCAUGAUAUUGCGAGAGCAUUAUUCAGGCAUAAUUUUGUGAGACUACCCAUUCAUGAAAAUUUGGUUCUCACUAAUAUACUCUUACACAUACAAGAUUUUAACAAUAAAUAAUGAUUUGUGAAAGUUAUGUCUUGUGAUUAAAUACAUUAUUGCAAAGUAUCCACAUAAAAAUAAGUUCUCAUGAAUGACUGUAUUUUGAAUUUGCUAUACCUGGUUUAGUGUUGAUGCCAAGGCCUUAAGUCUUUUGUCACUAGAAAUAAAAUAUAUAAAAGAU